CCUCCUUGCAUUCACCCCGCCAUGAUCGCGAUUCGCGAUUAACAAAGUCCUCAUCCUCAGCGAACAUCUGGUUCAGUAUCAGUCUGUGCCUUGGCAAGCAUCGGCGCCGCGCUACGUCCCUUGUUUCCGCAAAGCGAAAUUCAUCCCCGUCAUACCUCCGCUGAUGCAUGCUCUUUCGGUGCCUUUCCGGCCCAAAACUGGUGACAUGGCCGUCGAGGAAGCGAGGAUGGGAAAUUCCUGAGAGGUUCUAUUAAAUCAACGUACGACUUUGCCCUCUCCGCCCUUGCGCCUUGCCUCUCCUCCCGCUCGACACAAUGGGGCUCUCGUUCUCCAAGAAAUUCGACCCGACGAGCCUGCCCGAUUUGACAGGCAAGGUCAUCAUCGUCACCGGCGGCGCCGCUGGCGUCGGAUUCGCAGUCGUGCAACACCUGGCGCGGCGCGGCGCGAAAGUCUACAUCGCCGCGCGCACCGAGGACAGGGCGGACGAUGCCAUUCGGCGGCUGCAUGCCGCUGGGCUGGAUCCAGGGAAUGGCAGGAUCGACAAGCUCGAGCUGGACCUGGUGGACCCGCGGAUCGUAAAGAAGGCUGCGCAGGAGUUUUUAGCGGAGGAGGACCGAUUAGACAUCCUCAUCAAUUGUGCUGCGAUCAUCAUCUGUCCGUAUCAGUUCACCAACCAUGGUGUCCAGGAUGUGGUGAUGGUCAAGUAUGUGGUCUACAUUGGUCACUUCGUCUUUACGCGAGAGCUCCUACCGAUCCUCAAGAAGACGGCGAGCGAACCAAACAGCGACGUCCGAAUAGUUGACGUUUCGUCAGACGGCUACGACGCUAUUCGGCAUCCGAUACACUUCCGCACUAUCGAGGAUUUCAACCCGGAAUAUAAGGAAAAUGUCUUCCCGUGGCCAGCCCUCAUGCGAUAUUGCUAUAGUAAACUGUUGGUCGUUCUACACGUGACAGAGCUGCAGCGACGAUUGAAUGAGGAAGGCGUGCCUAUCCUCGUGCUCACCACCCAUCCUGACCUCUCAUCGGCAUCUGCUACAGAUGGGGUGCAGAAAUGGAGCAAUUCCCUUGGCACUGGCAUCAUCGCGGCAUUUGUGGCCUGGGUAAUCGCGUGGUUCUUCACCUUGCCCACUGUCGGCGCAUAUAGCACCGUGUUCGCCGCAGCAGGGCCCGAGGUGCGCGCAGAGCCCCGAAAGUACCGCGGCGGAUACAUUUGCCCGCCGAACAAGCUCACAAAGCUCAGCGAUAAGGCUACAGAUCCGGACACGGCGAAGGAGCUGUGGGGGUUGACCGAGAAGGUGCUGAAGGAUAUUGGGGUGUAG